AUGGAUUUUAAUCCACCAGCUGCUCCACACAUGGGUGGCAAAUGGGAAGCAGUGAUAAAAUCACUCAAACACCACUUGCGUCGUACCAUAGGAGAGACGUUGCUCACAUUCGAAGAAACGACAACCCUGCUUGCUCAGAUUGAAGCGAUCUUGAACUCACGACCUCUCGAACCACUCAGCGACGACUCAGAUGACAUCUCAGCGCUCACCCCAGGACAUUUUCUCAUCGGAAGUGCUCUCACAUCAGUACCGGAGCCGUCACUGAAGGACUUAGCAACCUCAAGGUUAUCCCGAUGGCAAUUCAUACAACAGCGAGUACAGCAAUUUUGGUCUCAAUGGUCAGCUCAAUAUCUGCAACGACAACAAGCAAUCUCGAAGUGGCAUCACCCAUCCAACGACAUACAAGUGGGCUCAUUGGUUCUCAUCACCGACGAGAGGCUCCCGCCAU